AUGAAGGGGUUUGGCUUGAUCUUCCUGCUUCUGAUCUUAUCACUGGUCUAUCUGGAUGCCUUCGUUCCACCUGAGGUUCAUUCGCCAAGCACACGACAUCGUCACAGAAGUUAUCAACCGAGUCUUGAACCUGUCAAGAAGUCUUUUACUGCGAAAGAUACCUCUACCGGAAUACGGCAACGGAAUGCACAAAAACGUCAGCAAACCGAGCUUCAGUCUCAGUCUCCUUCCAAUGAUGAGGAGGAGAUCAACGACGAAAAGAACGCCUCGUCUCCUCCAAAUAAUCGUCAACUAUUGACGCAUGCCGACAUUUUGUGGAAGCUAAAGCCUUCUCGAGAUGUCCCCAUUUGGAAACGAAUAUGGCUCAAGGUUGCAGCCAACUUGAUUCGUCUGGAUUGCUUGAUCAAAAAACAGGAGCUACCUCUCGUCUUGUGCCCAAAGGGAGGUCAAGCACUGUUGGAAGCACAUUAUGUGUGCAACGAUAAAAAGUCAAUAUUAUUUCCUUGGAGGCGGCGCAAAAUAAAGAUUGGACGAUUUGGAUUUACCACCAUGGCGGGACCUUCGAACGAGCCGAUUCAAGAGACGGUUCAUGAUUUGUAUGGUUUGGAUGCGAAUCGGCCCUACCGGGUAGGAGCCAUCAUUUACAUGUUUGUCGAGGAAGAAUACCGAAAGAGAGACGUCGGGACGUUGGCUCUUCAAGUCAUUUCCCUCAUUCAGUCGAUUCAAGCCUGCGAUUUUCAAAUGUUGGUGGUAGAUGAUAACGGAUCGGGCAAGCUAAAUGAUUGGUACUUGGGGCGAGGUUAUCAGAAAGCUCCAAAGUUACAAGACAUGAUGGGUUCUCCCAAUGAAAUUCAUGGUACCUCCAUGAUGAUACCGACCAACCGAAUACUGCCCGAUGACUGUCAAAUUCAGUGGUGGUAA